AUGCAAGUUUCUCUUCCUAUGAAGAAACAAAUGGGUUUGCAGCUUCUCACAGCACUGUUUUUCCUCCUUGUAACAGGACUUGGCAUUUUAGGGAAUAUGUCUGUUUUUGUGAAUUUUAUGUACAGUUCAGGGGGAGGUAUUGAGAAGAACUGUGCACAAUUGAUUCUCAUCCAUUUGGUUCUGACAAAUACCAUGUUGCUUCUUACCAAAGGAUUGCCAAAGACAAUAGCAGCUUUUGGGUUGAAUUAUUUUCUAAGUGUUACAGGGUGCAGAAUUACCCUUUACCUGGAGAGGGUGUCUCGGGGCCUUUCCAUCUGCACCAGCAGUCUCCUCACAGUGGUCCAGGCCAGCACCAUCAGCCCCAGAGCUUCUGUGUGGAGGAGGCUCAAGCCAAGGUCUGCAUGGCAUAUCUUUCUCUUGUUGCUUUUCUUUUGGAUUCUCAAUUGCUUCAUUAGCAUGAGCUUGCUAAAUAUUAUCAUCAUAACCGACAUGAAUUCAUCUCACUUUGAAACUGACGUCUAUUGUACUACUCAACCAGCAAGUCCCGAACUAAACAAUAUUUCUCUCACUUUCAUGAUUGUGAGAGAUGCUGUGUUUCAGGGUACCAUGGCUGUGGCCAGUGGCUACAUGGUAUUUCUUCUCCGCAAGCACCACCAGCGAGUUCAAUAUCUUCAAAACUCCAAGUUUCUCUACAAAACUCCCCCUGAAAUGAAAGCUGCUGAAAGUAUUCUCCAACUAAUGCUUUGUUUUCUUUUCUUUUAUUUCGCAGACUGCUUGCUAUGUUUCUAUUUACUCUCCUCCUCAGAGUACAAUUCCAUACCAAAAGUUAGUCAAGAAAUUUUAACUCUUGGUUUUGCAUUUCUCAGUCCAUUUGUGUUAAUUCACAGAAAUGGACAUCUGAUUGAAUGUUUUGGGGUGCAUUGA